CUUUCAUGAUGAAUGAUCCCUACGAAAGAGAGAUACGAGAGUUGCAAUCUAUGUUUGAUGAAGUGUUGACUGACGAAGAAGUCAAAUCUGAUGAUGAUUCUGAGACGGAUGAUAUGGAGAUGUUGAAGGAUAGAACAAACAUUAUAAGUACUCAUGAAACAGAUUCAGAACAGGAGCUGAGUAUGGAUGAUGAAGAGGAAGAAAUGAUUGUAGAUAUGGAUCAACGUCCUGAUAUAACGGAAAUCAAAGCACUAAUCGGCCUGUUAUAUUUAGCUGGUGUCCAUAAAGGAGAUCGAACCACUAUUUACGAAUUAUGGGCAACAUAUGGUACUGGUCUGGAGAUAUUCCCAGCAGUUAUGGCUAAAAGAAGAUUCCGCUUUUUGAUAAGGUGGUUACACUUUGAUGAUGUCGAUACACGUGAAGAGAGGAAAAAAACCGACAAUCUUGCACCUAUUAGGGAACUGUUUGGUGAAGUAAAUGGAAAAUUCAGAAAUCAUUACUCGCCAGGAGAAUACGUCACGAAUGAUGAAAUGCUAUUAGCCUUCCGUGGCCGAU